CUACAAAGAAAAUUGAACAACAAUAAAUAUUGAACAAGAUCUCCUAAGUAAAAAAGAUAUACAUACUCGUAUAAUAUUUUUUCAUUUUUAAAUACAAGAAUUCAUUUAAUAAAUUUUUAAAACAAAUUCCUAUAUAAAUAUAUAUUGGAGUCAAAACUCAUUUAACAGGUGAAGACUUACAACAGCUGCAUUCUUCUCUCUCUAAAGAUGAACCAGAAUGAAGAACUGGCAGUAGCCCAGAUGAGGAGAGCCGUUCACAAGCUGGGUUCUUCCACUGAGGGAUAUGGAGACACAACUCUGAAAAGAUUCUUGGUGGCGAGAUCCUUCAACAUAGAUAAGGCAGCGAAGAUGUUUGUGCAAUGGCGGAAUUGGAGGGCUUCGUUUGUGCCCCUCAAUCACAUUCCUGAAUCCCAAAUUGGUGAUGAACUGCAGCAGAAUAAAAUAUUCCUGCAGGGGCUUUCACCCGCAGGGAAUCCUGUUGUCGCUGUCAAAGUCCACAGGCACGUGCCUGGCAAGGAUCAGCUCCAAUUCAAGAAAUUUGUGGUUCAUCUGCUGGAUAAGACUAUUGCAAGUGGUUUUAGAGAGAAAGAAAUAGGAAACGAAAAGUUGGUAGCCGUUCUUGAUCUGCAAAAACUUGCAUACAAAAACAUUGACAUUCGCGGAAUGAUCACUGGCUUUCAGUUCUUGCAAGAUUAUUACCCCGAGCGCUUAUCAAAGUGUUUCCUGCUAAACAUGCCUGGGUUUUUUGUGCGCGUGUGGAGACUGAUUUCACGCUUUCUUGAGAAAGCUACUUUAGAGAAGAUUGUGAUCGUCUCCAAUGAAGAAGAACGACGUGCACUGAUAAGGGAAGUUGGUGCGGACGUCUUGCCAGAAGAGUAUGGUGGCCAAGCCAAAUUCAUCCUUAUUCAAGAUUUUCAACUUAAUAAUAAGCCUUUGGAAGAAAAAACUUUGUUGACUUGAUUUUCUACUCAUUCCAUCACCACUCUUAACACUACAACACCUACCCAUUCAUUCUACUGCAAUCUAUGUCAAACAAAAUAAAAGGCAAAUGAUGAUGAAGAAGACGAUAUAUAUAUAUGUAUGUAAUGGUCAUGAUAUUUAUGUUUAACUCUAUAUAUGGAAUCUGCUUACUAAUGAAGUGAAUAAUUUUAUUUAUA